UACACUUCAAUAGGCAACGAAAUCCGGUGAUGAGGAACUAUUCCAUCUAUCAAAAGCCCACCGAUGCGUCUGGAUCUCUCGUAACCGACGACUUUUAAAUCGCGAAUUGACAAGGACACUUAGAAUGUAUUCGCGACAUCGAGUUUACAUCAACUGCUAUUCAUUUCGAGGGCGGGUAUAUACGGGUACCUUCGGAUUGAGAUCGGAUCCUUGUUGCAUGAGGCUGCCUAUUGCGAACCAGAAGCUGUUCCCCAGAGUAAAAUCAUUUUCCAGCACGUCUAGCACCAGCUGUCCGCUAAUUAUAGAGUGUCUCACUUCGGGUUUGAGGAACGUCAUUUGCUCUUCGCGGACGAAUCUUAGAAGCCGGAUAAGAGCACCUGAAUAUUCGCGAUCAUCGUGUCCAUUGCCGCUACCGAUACCAGAAGAGUCGUCGCUAUCGUAUAACGAGUGAUCGCAAAAAGCGUCUUCGCCAUAGGUUUCCAGGUGCUUCUUCAAGAGACAAUCGUCG